UUCUGAGCCGUUGCUCCUUGUGUAUGUCGUGAGCAUUUAAGCAAAAUAAAAAUCCUGCAACGACAUUCAUAAGGGUGACCUAUUUUUUUGUGAUAUGAUAGAAUAGCGCUCUCUUUAUUAGAUAAGCAUCAGAUCCAAAGGGUAUACCUGGAUAGUACACCUGCUUUACAGACUUCAAAUAGUUUGUCAUUUAUAAAUUUUUUUAGGUACAGUAUUAGAUUUUACAGUACCUAAAACAGUAAUAUUUGGCACCAUUUUCUGCUCCCAUGAUACCAGGGUGGAAGCACUGAGGUACAAUUUUAAAGCUAUACAGUAUCAACCUAAAAAAAUGAAUGGAAUGUAACGGGAAACAUUCCCUGUGCUCGAAGGAAGUGCUGGUUAUCCAGGUACUGUAAUAGGAGUCAUUUUGUAGCAUAGAGAAAGUGCAGUUUACAGGAAUGUCACCCAGGUAACAGGACAUAUGUUUACUAGCCCUAGAUAAAUUAAAUGUUUCUUUAAAUUAUUAUAUGAGAACAUUUCAGCUUUAACAGGACAUUUUUUUUAACAGAGUAAAAAUAUUACAUAGUGGGUGUAUUAGGUAGAUCAACCAAUUUAACUGUCUGUACCAAAAAAUAUCUGGAAAGUUAAUAUUUUAAUUACUUGAAUAACAUUAUUUAAAUCUGACACUGUUUAGAUCAAUUGACUAGACCACAUUAUGUUUAAGAAAUCUAAGUUGAAGACAGAAAUGUGGGUUUUCAUCUUCUGAUCCAGGUCAACGUUGUGUAACUUACUGUAUGUUCACAGAGGAGAGCCCACCUGUGUGCUUUUUAAAAGUAAACAAAGAACAGGAAAUGUGGUUAGCAUAACAGCAUUCAACCUACAGGAAGUAAUGGGUUAACGUACAAGUUAUCACAGUAACAACUUAGAUGUUCAGAGGUAUAUGAUGCAACACAGCCUUAAAAUCCAUAAUUUAUGUAUAUGAAGGGCAUAUUGUUAGCUAUCACUUGACAUGAAAACUUUUAGUUUUAUCCAGAAAUGUAAUUUUUUAAGGCCAAUUGUACAGUAUGCCAAAAACAAGGCCUUAUUAUUGAGUCCUCCCUAUCCCAGAAGCAGAGUGUUCAUGGGGGAUGUUGCAGGUGAAUUAUAUACUAUUUUCAACCUACAGUAGAAACAGUGUACUAAGUGUUUUAUAAGACAUUUUAUGGCUCCCCUGUCCUUUCAGUCAUUUAACAUACUGUAAUGCCUGUCAGCAUACCAGUCAAGAAAAGCUCCAGGGCUCAAGAAGCCCUCUGUUUAUGUUAACAGUUUGGCACAUAAAAAGUGCAGACUUGUCUUCGCAUUCGAGUUUCAGGAAACCUAAAAGCUUCCACUACCAGAAAUCAUGCAAAUGAGAGUUUCCAUUGAAGAGGCUCAGUUAUGACUUGAGUCGUGACUUUUCAAGGUGCAACAUAAAACAGUGCCCACCUUCCCCAGACUGGUAACUAUUACCCUUGAGCAGGUAAAAUAAAUACAUAAAUGAACUAGCCUGUCCUAUUUGGCAGGCAAAGUUAACCAACAAAGUAUAUGCUUUAUUUGUUUUUCUCUAAACAUGUCAAGAAUUUUAGAAUUUAAUAGAAUUUUACAAUGUUUUACAUUAUUUUAAGUUAUUACAUUAUCCUGUGAUUAUUACAUUAUAGGCAACAAAUUAUUACAUUAUAGAGUAUUAUUACAUUAUCAGUUAGUUAUUACAUUAAUGGUUGUUACAGAACUCUCACUUUUCAACCAGCUACACCCACCAUUGGCUUAACCAUAAAAAAGGAAACUGCCUGUCACUGUAUUCUGGUGAGUGUUUUUUUCCAAAUGUUUACUGUCAGUUAAAGAUAAGAUGUAAGUUAUAAAAAUAAGUAUUUCCAAGUGUAUACUCACAAUGCUGUUGACUUGCAUGCAGGGUGUAGAGGCUUGAAGCUACAGAGAUGUCUCCCUUUCUUCGAAUUGGCUUCUCAAACUUCGAGGGAGGACCCCUCGAAGUGACCCAACGGGAGGAGUUUCAUCCUUACUGUGCUGUUUACAUGAAAGAAGCUGUUAAAACAGAGAAAGGACAGAUUUAUAAGCAACAGAAGCCGACGAUGUACCCUCCCUGGGACACUACGUUUGAUGCGCACAUUAAUGAAGGUCGGAUUAUGCACAUCGUGGUGAAGGACAAAACCAUGGAACUGCAUGCGGAGACCACAGUGGAACUGAACAGCAUGGCAGCAAGGUGCAUGCAGCAGAAUGGGAAGGUGGAGACCAUGCUAGAACUAACGCCAUAUGGACGAAUGUUGAUGAAUGCUAGGUACUUUCUGGAACAGAGUGAUGCUAAAGGUCAGUCUGAGACGGAGAGUGAGGGAUUCUUUACGUUGCACCAGCGCAGGGGGGCCAUCAAGCAAGCCAAGGUGCACAAAAUCAGGUGUCACGAGUUCAUCGCCACCUUCUUUCCUCAACCCACAUUCUGCUCUGUUUGCCACGAGUUUGUUUGGGGUCUAAACAAACAAGGCUACCAGUGCAGACAGUGCCAUGCUGCUAUUCAUAAAAAAUGCAAAGACAAAGUGAUAGCCAGAUGCACAGGGACUGCAAUCAACAGCAAAGAAACAAUGAUGCACAAAGAGAGGUUUAAAAUCGACAUGCCUCAUAGGUUUAAAGUCCAUAACUACAAGAGCCCGACAUUUUGUGAACACUGUGGAACGCUUUUGUGGGGGCUUGCAAAACAAGGGCUGAAGUGUGAAGAAUGUGGAAUGAACAUUCACCACAAGUGUCAGAAGAAAGUGGCAAACCUGUGUGGAGUCAAUCAGAAGCUUAUGGCAGAAGCACUAGCUGUGAUUGAGAGUGCACAGCAGGCCAGGUGUCAGCGUGACAGCGAGUGUAUCACCAGGGAGGGGCCUGUUGACAUCAGCCUACCAGGUAUCCUCAGAGGGCCAUCAGGUGUUUUGCAGGCACCCCAUGAGCCUAUAAAAAAAGAAGUCCAGGGGAUUGCAUGGGAAUGUCCCUUAGAGAAAAAAAUGCCUGAACCAGAGUGUCCAACAUACGCAGUGCCAAGGAAAGAGAUGCAUAAAUAUACAAUUGAUGAUUUUACCUUACACAAGAUGCUAGGAAAGGGCAGCUUUGGAAAGGUGUUUCUUGCAGAACUGAAGUCGAAAAAUCAAUUCUUUGCAGUGAAAGCUCUGAAGAAAGAUGUUGUGCUGAUGGACGAUGAUGUGGAAUGCACCAUGGUGGAGAAGAGGGUUCUCUCUCUGGCAUGGGAACAUCCCUUUCUGACACACCUGCACUGCACAUUCCAAACCAAGGAAAACCUGUUCUUUGUGAUGGAGUAUUUGAAUGGCGGGGAUCUCAUGUUCCACAUACAGAACUGUCAUAAAUUUGAGAUACCAAGAGCUAGAUUUUAUGCUGCAGAAAUUGUUUGUGGUCUCCAGUUUCUCCAUUCGAAAGGCAUAGUAUACAGGGACCUGAAGUUAGACAAUGUACUUUUAGACAAGGAUGGGCACAUAAAGAUAGCUGACUUUGGGAUGUGUAAAGAAAACAUGUAUGAAGAAGCACGGACCUGCACCUUCUGUGGAACCCCAGACUACAUUGCCCCUGAGAUUCUUUUAGGACAGAAAUAUGGGAGUUCAGUAGACUGGUGGUCAUUUGGAGUCCUGCUGUAUGAAAUGCUGAUUGGUCAGUCACCUUUCCAUGGCAACGAUGAGGAAGAACUGUUUCAGUCAAUCCGCACCGACGACCCUUUCUACCCACGAUGGCUCCCUAAGGAUGCCAGAGAGAUACUAAUCAAGUUAUUUGUGAGAGAGCCUGAGCAGAGACUGGGUGUGAAGGGAUCCAUUCGCCAGCAUGCGUUUUUCAGAGAAAUCAACUGGCAAGCGCUUGAAAACAGGGAAAUCGAACCUCUUUUCAAACCCAGAGUGAGAUCCCCAGAUGACUGCAGUAAUUUUGAUACAGAAUUCUUAAAUGAGAAGCCGAAACUCUCUUGUGCAGAUAGAACCCUCAUCAACAGUGUGGAUCAAACCAUGUUCAGCAACUUCUCCUUUGUAAACCCCAAAAUGGAUAGGCUUAAGGUUCAACAAACUCCUGGAUUACCGGAAUAAGAGGAUGAACAUUUCUGACCACAGAUACAAUAUUUGAUACUUACUGAGGUGGAAUAAAAGUGUACAGCUUCAGACCUUUUUUUUUUUUUUAUCAUUUUACCAUUGCAGAGUGUACUAUAUGUAAAUGCCAUUAUGUAACAUAAAUUAUUUGUCAUUGUGGUAAAAAAAGGUGCCUAAAUGAUAUGUUUAAAUCAUUGUUAUUUGGCAGUGUGAUGGACUAAGUAUACUUGCAUCUUCACAGGGUUUGUAUUUGAUCAUCUAUUCUUGCUAUUUAAGUAUGUUGUGUUUGCUAAGAAACCAUAUAUCGCAAGGCCGUAUCUUGACAGGGAGCUAUUUUGCUUAAAUGAAGUUGCUUGAUGUUUACAGCUUUAAGAAUACCUCAUUGUUAAGUAGAGAACCAGGAAAGGAAAUAUCCUGAAAUAAACAAACACUGCAGAUAGAAUUUUUGUGUGCCUGCUGUGCCGCAGUAGAAAUUGCACUUUUACAUGGUUCUGUUAUCUUUGUUAGAGUAUUUUACAAACACACAACAUCGAGAGAAAGCACUCAGUUACAACAUGUACAGAUUUGGAAGGGAAAUCAGAACUCUGUAGCAGCUGGGGAGUUAAUAACUGCGUGUGUUGUCGGUUUCAGAAACAGUGCUGUCAAAUCCCAAUCGCCUAUACAUAUGAAUAUAACAAAUUACAAAUGACAAUAACAAAAUAAUAACUGAGGUUCUACACUGUCGUGCAAGCGUUUUAGGUCAUAUUUAUGCCAGUAUUUCUGUGUGGAAAACUGAAAAAUAAAAUGCAUAUUUAUAAUAUAUGAA